GGGACAUUAUUGGGAUCCUGGGUGCAGUGAUAGCCCAAAAUAUUAAAAUCUUUAUUAUUUAUACAAAAGGAAAAUAGAAAGUGACGAUGUACAGCUUCAUGGGUGGUGGGUUAUUCUGCGCUGGAGUCGGCAACAUCCUUCUGAUCGUCUCCACAGCAACAGACUACUGGAUGCAGUACCGACAUGCAAGCAAUUACAUGCACCAGGGUCUGUGGAGAUACUGCGUGCCCGGGAAGUGCAUGACACACACAGACAGCAUUGCUUAUUGGGAUGCAACACGAGCCUUCAUGAUCCUCUCCCUGCUGGCCUGCUUCAUUGGAAUUGUAAUUGGUAUAAUGGCUUUUAUCCACUACUCAUCCUUUGACAGCUUUGACAAGACAUUUGCAGCCGGCAUCCUCUUCUUCAUCUCUUGCUUCUUUGUGUUGCUGGCAAUGGCAGUAUACACAGGAGUGACAGUGAAUUACUAUGGAAAACGCUAUGGCAGUUGGCGCUUCUCCUGGUCCUAUAUAAUGGGCUGGGUUGCGGUUGUGCUAACCUUCUUCUCAGGUAUCUUCUACAUGUGUGCGUAUCGAAUGCAUGAAUGCCCAAGAAACUCCAACUCACGCUGAGCAGACAAAUCCAAAUCCUGAUGCUAUUGGCCUUAAGGAGUCUUUAUCCCAAAGAACUAAGUACAUGAAAUCUCCUGUUCAACUUAAUAUUUUUAAAGAUACAAAAUAAAA